AUGGAGAGUGCAAAAGGGAUUCUAAGAGUGGAAAAUGUAGAGAUCACCGUAGAAGAGGGUGUGGUAUGUAGAGGCCAAAGAAUAUUGGCGGUAGGAAUUUACGGAAUUACCGGGCUUUACAACGCUCUUCGAGAUGCCUUGAUGGCAUCGCUGACCGUUCCCGCUGCCACAGACAGCAACUUGAAGUUUCAUGGGCGUAUUUUCUUUGAAGGCAACCUUAUAAGUUACAAAGAGCUUCAGAAGAUGAUGAAUCCGUUUGUGAUGUUUUAUUCCUGUGAAAGUGUACAAAGUUCGCUUGAAUUUGUGAAUUUCUCUAAGGUUAAGGAUGUAAUGGAUAUUUUUGAUUUGGAUAGAAUUAAGAAACUGCCCAUAUCAAAGCUAACGGUUUCUGAGUCCAGAAGGUGGGAGGCUGCCAUAAGUGCCGCUUCUGAAUCAAAAGUUAUUGUUCUUCGAGAUUUUCAUGCCACCUAUGAGGCUACAAAAAAGUAUCUGUCGUUUCUAGGGGAAUGUGCAAGAAGAAAUAGGUCUAUUGUCCUGGUAGAGGUUGAUUCUCCUUUGGAAUAUGAUUUGGAUGGGUGUAUUAUCAUAGGAAAGAAUGAUUUUGAAUGUAUCAACUUCUCUACAGAAAAAGACCUUUGCAAGUAUAGAGAAAUAUUGUUUAAAAGCUUUUUGAAAGGUCUUGAAGUAAAAUGCGAUAGUAAGAAACAAGCAAAGAAAGACGAUUCCGAAGUAUUUGGAAGUAUGUUUCUCGGUUCACCAACAGACACGGGGGGACAUUUUGAUGUUCUUGAGAGCAUUGUCAGGCCUUCAGGGAAAGAGGCGGGUUCUGGCAUAGUCUAUUAUAAAGGUACCGAACAAGCAAGAAACCAUGUAGAGGGUUUUUUAUUGAAGACCUGUGACACCAUUAACCAUGCUGAAACGACGAUCUUUGAAGACAUCACGGUUCUUCACAAUGUCCAAGGCAUUAGGCCCUUCUCAAAUACGGAGCAGAAGGCUUCAGCCACUACAUCAAGGCCCGUUUGUAAGUACUUCUUGGGAUAUGAGAUGAAAGAUGGGAUGAAAGAACUGCUCUUCGAAUGGUUCCUCUCAGUAGACAUUAGGCUUUCUUUACUACUCACAAGAAGAAAAUACUUCCUCGAAGAAAAGAGGCCUAAGGGCUUUAAAAAGUUUAUGGUGUCAUUUCUGAUGCACAUAUAUCUAGCAAUUAUUCUAAGGUUCAAGGCAUCUGUAUUUAAUGAUGCUGUUUCCAUUUCCGACAUUUUCCAAGGCUUCUUAGAAGCAUUUAGAGAAAGACAAACCUUUCUUUCAGAACUAAUGGGAAGGAUUCUUGCCGCUUCCAUCCGCGAUGUAAUAUACAGUAUGAUGCAUGCACCCCGUGCUUCUGUUGCCUUAGCCUUUUCUACCGGAAGGAUGGCAAGAGAGAUUAUUUGGCGAAUAAGGGUGUACAAUUGGGACUUGGUAGAUUACAAAAUCAUAUCAACAGGGGUGUACUUUUUUAUUUUUACAAAGGGUGGCACUAUUAUUAACGAGGAAAGGGCCCAGAUUCAUAGCCAUGCUAACAGAAUUUACUCGUCCGGAACUUAUUUUUUCCACAUCUUCAUUUAUUUGAUUUUAAAAUCAUGGAUUCCUGUUCUUCUAAUGUCUUACAUCCUCAACUUUAACUUUGUCCUGAUUUUUCUUAUAACAGGUACUUUCACUUGUACUUUGAUGAACUUGGUCUUGAAUCUGAAGUUGAAGUAUCUGUUUAUGUGCAUGAUUCUUGCAUUUAACCUGUUGUAUCCCCUAGACCAGGAAUGCUAUCAAAAGAGCUUUUUUCUUAGGUAUUCUGAGUCAUUCAACUUUCUGGUUGCGUGUAGGCAAUUUCCACUGGCAUGCCCUAAAGAAAAGUUUAUGCUUCUGUGCUGCCUGCUGAGAGCAUUUCUGUUCAUAUAUCUUUUCUUCUGUUAUACGUUUUCAAAACUUUAUGAUUAG